AUGGCCGACCCAAUUUCGAUAGAGCUCGUCCGUUCAAGAGAGUCUCAUAGUCGGGAUCUUGUCAGAGACGGCUCAGCGUCGGAAACAACAGUAGAGGUUGAAAACCAUUCUGGGGCGUUUUCGAAAGUGGACGAUUCAUGUCCCGACGGCGGCUAUGGAUGGGUGUGCGUUAUCUGUAAUGCAUUCAUAAAUGCACAUACCUGGGGCAUCAACUCCUCCUACGGCGUUUUCCUCGCGUACUAUCUCGAUCACGACUACUUUCCGAACACUUCGCCUCUGGCCUACGCAUUUAUCGGAGGCCUGUCUUUCUCCCAAGCGGUGCUGAUCGCCCCUCUGGCCACUCGUAUAAUCCAUCUGUACGGAACCAGAGUGUGCCUGCAUCUGGGUGUCGCGUUCCAGACUCUGUCUCUUAUUGGUGCCAGCUUUUCCCGGCGCAAGUAUCAGAUCAUCCUCUCCCAGGGUGUGUGCUAUGGCUGGGGCAUGGGAUUUCUGUUUGUCGGAUCUGUGGGCAUCAUAGCACAGUGGUUCAAUAAGAAGCGGAGUCUUGCAAACUCCAUCGCCGCUGCUGGCUCCGGGGCCGGUGGACUCAUCUAUAGCUUGGUCACCCAAGCACUCAUCGAUGAUCUCGGCCUCGCUUGGACUUUUCGAAUACUGGGUUUCAUUGUUUUUGCGGUCAAUUUGACUGCCAUCAACCUCCUGCGGGAUCGAAACAAGCAGACGGGUUCGCGACAUAAAGCUUUCGACCUUGAGGUGCUUCGCCGACCAGAGUUCCUUUUUGUGCAAGGCUGGUCAUGGUUCUCGAUGCUGGGGUAUACAAUCUUGGUCUUCUCGAUUCCUUCCUAUGCACGUUCUAUCGGGAUGUCUGCCAAUCAAGGCUCAGUCCUGGGCGCGGUUUUCAACGCCGGGCAAAUGGUUGGCCGGCCGUUGAUAGGCUUGACUUCUGAUCGCUGGGGACGCCUUAACCUCGCGACUUCACUGUCUUUCCUGGCCGGAAUCGUCUGCUUCGCGCUGUGGAUCCCUGCAGAAGUGGUGGCAGCACCGAUGGUAUUGCUGUGCUUCUUCGCAGUCAUCGGUGGAGGUCUUGCUGGUGUAUUCUGGACCACCAUCUCGCCUGUGGCGGCUGAAGUCCUUGGGUUACAGGAUCUGCCUUCAGGUCUCAGUCUGACCUGGGUGCUUAUGACACCACCGACAACAUGUGCUGAAGCAAUAGCACUCGAGUUACGUCGCAAUGCUGAUAGCUGGAUUUACCUUCCACCUCAAAUCUUCACCGGCUUCAUGUACAUAGCCGCGGGUUUGUGUAUUUGGGUGGUCAGAGGAUGGAAAGUGGGCGAGGUUGAGUGGCGUAACAAGAAAAGGAUGGAGUGGGAAGAGUCUAUGCGGCAGAGAGUCCUUAUACUUGCAGACACACCAGAGAAGUCUGUAAUGGAGCAUCAAGAACCGGAUGGACAAGAUGUCGACGGCCACACUCAUCCUGAGAUUGACCUCAGCAAGCCUCCGCCAAUAGGAGAAUUGUGGCAUGUGCACAAUAUCUUGAGAGACAUGAUGGUUUGGACAGUUGUAUAG